GUCUUUUUCAAACUAAACAUGGCGGCCACCCCAGCUACAAAUCCAUCACAGUUGCUCCCACUUGAGCUCGUGGACAAAUGUAUAGGUUCCCGAAUCCAUAUAGUCAUGAAAAACGACAAAGAAAUUGUCGGCACCCUGUUGGGUUUCGAUGAUUUUGUCAACAUGGUGUUGGAGGACGUGACAGAAUUUGAAAUCACACCGGAGGGAAGAAGGAUAACCAAACUGGACCAGAUCCUACUUAACGGCAACAACAUCACCAUGCUCAUACCUGGAGGCGAAGGGCCUGAAGUAUGAAAAAAGAAGCAGAGUUUUUAUCUGAAACAUUUUAUGUUCUUGUGGAUGUAUACUUGCCUUCCCAUCAGUACUUACUUUAGUCAGUUUGUGAUAAUGUUAUAUUUUGGGUUCUUUCUUUCAGUUUUGAGAAGAUUUUUGUAACAAGUGUUUUCCCUAAUGAAGCCUUGAUAAUGUGUGUACAGCGCAACAGGUGGUUUGACCUUUGACAUGUAAACCAUUUCUACCAUGUAGUGUAACUACACAUUUUUUUCUUAUAAAUAAAUAGAAUAAGUGUCAUUGGAAAUAAACAA